UUGCUGAAUCAUGGGGACUUGCGCUCCUCUGCAGAAACCCGGGUUUAAAAACCCGGAAUUGGUAUCCGGAUUGGUUCUCGUCAGUAUCUAUGGAAAUCGGCUGAAGAACCCCGGGCUAAACCCUAGAUUUCUGUACAUGAAUAUGAUCAGUCCGAUCCAUAUCGGCUGGAACCCAGAUCACUGAUUCCGAUUCGAUUUUUCAAAACCUGUCAGAAACCGUCGCAUGCGCCCUUAUGCAGCGAAAUGAAUCAGUUUUCAUCGAAGGUGGACGAUCCAACUCGUCCAUGUCAGGAAGAGAGGAAAGAAUGAGCGCAAUCGAACUUCCAAGGAAGGAGGCUAAUUUGCUGAAAGGGCACGAAGGGGCAGUCCUCGCCGCUCGGUUUAACAGUGACGGCAAUUAUUGUCUGAGCUGCGGCAAAGACCGCACCAUCCGCCUCUGGAAUCCUCACCGUGGCAUUCACAUCAAGACCUACAAAUCCCAUGGCAGAGAAGUCCGAGACGUUCAUGUCACCCCGGACAACUCCAAGCUAUGUUCUUGUGGUGGCGACAGGCAGGUCUUUUAUUGGGAUGUAUCCUCUGGUCGUGUCAUUCGAAAAUUCCGUGGUCAUGACAGUGAGGUGAAUGCUGUAAAAUUCAAUGAGUACUCAUCUGUGGUAAUUUCAGCAGGGUAUGAUCGUUCAGUUAGAGCUUGGGACUGCAGAUCUCACAGCACUGAACCAAUUCAGAUUAUUGACACAUUUUCAGAUAGUGUAAUGUCUAUCUGUCUCACAAAAACUGAAAUUCUUGCUGGAAGUGUUGAUGGUACUGUUAGGACUUUUGACAUUCGUAUUGGUAGGGAAAUAUCUGAUGAUUUGGGCCAGCCUGUCAACUGCAUUUCAAUGUCAAAUGAUGGUAACUGUGUAUUAGCUAGUUGCUUGGAUUCUACCUUGCGUCUUUUGGACAGGUCCAGUGGGGAACUAUUGCAAGAAUAUAAGGGCCAUACUUGCAAGUCUUACAAGAUGGAUUGCUGCCUUACCAACACUGAUGCCCAUGUAACUGGUGGAUCUGAGGAUGGCUCUAUUUUCUUUUGGGAUCUGGUAGAUGCCUCUGUAGUUUCAAGUUUCCAAGCUCAUGCUUCAGUGGUAACAAGUGUGAGUUAUCACCCAAAGGAUAACUGUAUGAUAACAUCCUCUGUUGAUGGCACCAUUCGAGUGUGGAAGACAAAGUUGUAGCAGCAAGUAAUGAACUCGUUUCUUGGAUUUCCCCAGCCAACCCACUGGCUUGACAGAUCAGUGGAGGGCUUGCAAUCAUAUGAUCUUGGAAUUUACUCUCAAUUGUUCACCAUCUGUUGUCCAGAAUUACUAGAUUGGGUUUUUUUUUUUUUUUUUUUGGUGCCUUAGAUGCAUGGAUUCUUUUGCUCUAUUGUAAGUCAUAUAUACUAGAGCUUGUGAAUGGCUUAGUUAGUGACCAUUCCCAAGCACAAUGCUGAGGAGUAGUAAACUAUUUUACAUCAUUUUGGCUA